AUGGCGGCAUCACGUCGCGCUCAAAUCCAGUCGCUGUGCGGCGUGCGAAGGGGUGCACUGAUCGAUCGAGUCGAAUCGUAUCUUGCUGCGGUCGGCAUUUGGUCUCGUCGAGGCAACGCGAAAGCUGUAAAGAACGCUGGAACAGGUGUUGUCGCGAUAUGCUGCUAUCUUGCAGCAGAGAGCCUCGAAUCUCAGGUCCCUGAUCGAGCAACGGCGAUUCGCGCAAGCGGUCUGACUCCAGUGCAAUUCGCUGCUGCGGAGCGCGACUUUCGCACAGCAGUCCAGUCUGUCUCCAACGCCCCAGCGCAAGCUCUGUCGGGACCGUCUGAUGUGGUCAACAAGGCAUUUGCAGCCAGCUUGACCUCGACACCUACACGUCGCAAUGCUCGUGCUACACCCGUGGCAACACCGACCGCUGCGAGCAAGAGUAAAGAAGCGCUGCUCGCCAAAGCACAGGCGAUUCAGGCUGGGAGCCUGUUCGAUCAGACCCUGCGAGCUGCAUCGGAUAAAACACCUUCCAAGUCGAGACCGAAGGGAAAAGGAUCAGCGAGACCUGCGACAGCUGUUACAGCAUUAUCCGAGAGUGCUGCUGAUAAUGUAGCGAACGCGGUCGCCUGCGCGAAAGGGCCGACUGCAGCUGCUGUUGACAAUGUCUCGACCGAGAUGCAGCGUCAUCGGCGUAAGCGCAGACGAAUGGGCAAAGUGGUGUUUGGUCUAUCCAUUCAAUCGAGUCUACAUCGUUUGAAUGAGGAAGAAGAGGCGCGUGAUGAAAGACAACGUCGGAAGAGGAUCGAUGUUAUUCAGUCGACCAUUGAGAGACUGCGCUCCUCCAAUCCAACAUGGCGCUACUUGGACUCGCCGAGAGACUUUCUCGUUAGCAUCUCGCCUUCGGAGAGCAGCAGCACACAGUGA